AUGUCCCUAUUUUGCACACUUCUACGGGGAACAGUUCCCCCUACUACUGCCUUACGAGACCCUAUUGGUGUAGACUGGGGACUGCGUCGUCUUCAGCACAAUGGUUCAGAAACACGCUUGACACUGUGGGCACUCAGCGCCGCCGAAGCUUUCUCGGAGCUUCGAGCUGACCUGUGCUCACAAAGCCACACCAUAGUCCUUGUUCUCGAUGCAGAGAGUGCGCGCCUGUCUGAGCAAUUGCAGCAGCUGAAGAGACUACUGCAAUCAGCUCAGCUCCAUCUCCAGCCCGGCCAGAAUCCUGCUCUGUUCCUCGUUGCAGCUGGAGGGCAGGGGUGCGUUUGGGCUAAAGCGGCAGCAGAGUGCCGGCGGUUUGCAGCAGUCCAUCACUGCCGUUUCCUUGAAGUGCAACCGCUGAGCACUGCGGGGACGGAGUCUCUAUUGCAUUUGCUCGCGUCGAGCAAUUUGCGUCUUGUAGAGGCUGAAGAAUGA